CAGUCCGGUCUGAAUUUUGAACCAGAAUGGCGGUGCUGCUCGAAACAACAUUAGGCGACAUUGUAGUGGAUUUAUACACCGAGGAAAGACCCAAAGCCUGCUUGAACUUCUUGAAGCUGUGUAAGAUCAAGUACUACAACUACUGCCUCGUUCACAAUGUCCAGAGAGAUUUUAUCAUUCAGACCGGUGACCCGACAGGCACCGGCCGAGGAGGAGAGUCCGUGUUCUGUAAGCUGUAUGGGGAUCAGGCACGCUUCUUCGAUGCAGAGAAGGCUCCCCGGAUCAAGCACAAGAAGAAGGGGACCGUCUCCAUGGUGAACAACGGCAACGAGCAGCACGGCUCUCAGUUCCUGAUCACUACCGGAGAGAAUCUCGACUACCUGGACAGCAUUCACACCGUGUUCGGAGAGGUCACAGAGGGAAUGGACGUCUUGGCCAAAAUCAACGAGAUGUUCGUCGACAAAGACUUCGUUCCUUUCCAGGACAUCAGAAUAAAUCACACGGUCAUUCUGGACGACCCGUUUGACGACCCUCCAGACCUGCCGGUCCCGGAUCGAUCCCCCGAGCCCACGAAACAACAGCUGGAUAGUGGCCGUAUCGGAGCUGACGAAGUGAUAAAUGAUGCUGAAGGGAAGGAUGCAGAGGAGCUGGAUGAACUGAUAAAGGAGAAGGAAGCAAAGACACAAGCCAUUCUGCUGGAGAUGGUGGGCGAUCUGCCCGACGCAGACGUUAAACCCCCGGAGAACGUGCUGUUUGUGUGUAAACUGAACCCGGUCACCACUGACGAGGACCUGGAGAUCAUCUUCUCUCGCUUCGGCCCAAUCCAGUGCUGCGAGAUCAUCAGGGACUGGAAGACGGGCGAGUCUCUGUGCUACGCGUUCAUCGAGUUUGAGAAGGUGGAGGACUGUGAGAAAGCGUACUUUAAGAUGGAUAAUGUGCUGAUUGAUGACCGACGCAUCCACGUGGACUUCAGCCAAUCAGUGUCGAAGAUCAAAUGGAAGGGCAAAGGUGGGAAAUACACUAAAGAUGAUUUCAAGGCUUAUGAGAAAGACCUGGACAAAAGAUCCAAACUGGCUCUGAAAGACAAAAUCAAACCCAAGCAAGAUUCUCGUUAUGAUCUUCUCCUGGACGAGGAAGAGGAGGACGUGGGGCGGAAGGAUGACCGGGAUGACAGGAAGCAGCGGGAAAAGAGGCGCCAGUCGGACGACGAAGACGACAGGAGGGCAAAGAAAUCAAAGGAGCUCAAAGAGAGCAAGCAGCGGUCGCGGUCUCGCUCCAGAGACCGAGAGAAGGACCGACACAGAGACCGAGAGAGAGACGGUCACCAUAAACACGGUAAGCACAAGCAGAAAAGCCACAAACGUGAUCGCAGCCGCAGUCCAAAGAGGUCAAAGGACAAGGAGCGCAGCCGACAUCGCUGAUGCCGAUUUACAGAAUCGGCCACCGCGGACGUUUCAACUCCAUCGCAGAGUGACACUUUGUUUUGACUUUGUUUUAUUCUAGUUUAGUCGCUCUUACUGCCACAGAAAAAACACGAUGAUAAAUGAGUAAAGAAAGCUACGCAUUACAUGUUAACGUAAGUGCUUUUUGUAUGCAUUAAAGUGAAUAUCCCUAAACCAG